AAUCAGUGCAGUGCUGCUCCCACCGUGAUCAAUCUCUCUCUCCAAUUUGUUGGAGUCCAGUCGAUCGUAGAAUGAAACUUCGGCCUAGGCAGAGGCAAACUUUUUCCGGCUUCACCAAAGCAGAGAAAACUUGGACAGUUAUAUGAGAAACUUAUCUUAUGCCGUCAAUGGAGCAGGUUCAGAAAAUGGAGCAUUUACUUCACGACUCAAGCAAACAGUCCCUGGAUAUGGAUUACUGUAAGAAAUUGGCAAAGCUUUUCAAUCGUUCAAGUAAUCGAGCAGGGAAACCUAUUCUGAAGUGGACUGAGAUCCAGAAUUGGUUUCAGACGAGGCGAGAAAACCACCUUUAUGAAGAGACUUCAUUGAAUGGAGCCAAGGAAUCACAUGCCAUCCCAGAUCUGAAGGGCCAAGAUUUAUCCAAUUUGGAGUUUGAAGUGAGGUCGUCAACAGAUGGGGCAUGGUAUGAUGUUGAUACGUUUCUCUCCCACAGAUUUCUUGAUUCUGGGGAAAUUGAAGUCCAGGUACGAUAUAUUGGGUUUGGACCAGAGCAUGACGAAUGGGUGAAUGUGAAAAAUGAUGUAAGGCAACGUUCAGUUGCUUUGGACCUUUCAGAAUGCCACAAAGUGAAGGUUGGGGAUCAAGUAGUGUGCUUUCAGGAGAGGCAAGAUCAAGCAAGAUACUACGAUGCUCAUGUCGUUGACAUUCAAAGGAGGCUGCACGACAUAAGAGGUUGCAGAUGUCUUUUCUUGAUCAGAUACGACCAUGACAGUACACAGGAGAGUGUGCGCUUGAGGAGGCUGUGUUGUCGGCCUAAUGUGCCAGUGCUGUCGGGGAAUAGUUAGCUCGAGCAAUAUACAGUCUUGAUCCACGUCCUACUGAGGAGCUGAACGCCUUCGCCUUGUAGGUUUACGUUUCCUUUUUUGAGUUUUGAUAAAUGGUAAUCUUUUGAACAGCUAAAGAACUCGUCUCUUUUGAAGCUUAAUGCUAGUGGAUGUUCAAAUGAAGAUGGUAGUAUUACUCUUUAUCUACUGGAAUGAUUAUAUGUUUAUGGGGAAACAUCUUGAACAAUACUUUCCCAUGUAUAUUGGCAAUAUAAAUUUUUGAUUA